CAGUAUUCAGCUCUUCCUUUAUUUCAUACAGCUGUUGGCAAGAACUGAAGUUUAUUUUGAUAGGGAGAGAGAGUUCAAAACAUGGCGAGGAUUGCUUGAGUUUCCCCGGAGGUGUUCCAGUCUUCUCUUCCUUUGAGGUAGCUACCAGCUCUGGCAACAAAUAAAAGCUGCAGUGCAGUUUGGGCUUGUAAGUAAGAGCUCAACUCAUGUUACAGAUAUUCUGCACUCCUGGUGAUAGUUCUUCAUUUCAACCCAUCAAAGCCCAGGUGACCAUCCCAACAGCUCAUGUCAUGCCUUCCAGGCUGAGUUCCUUUCCUGGUCCUGUGAGUAUAUCAAGCACACCUUGGGCCACUCUGGAACCCUCUGUGACAAGCUCAUCUGAUGAAACACAAGGGCAGACCUCCAACAGUGACUCUGACACCCUGAGUCACUCCUGGGUGUUCCACAGAAACCCUCAUCUGUAUCAGACUGCAGUGGGAAAUGGUUGUGCUCAAUCCUCUGACCCAGCAAGUGUGCCAUGCACUCAAAAGCCUGCAAGAUUGUCUCCUGAACUCGCACUUAAUCAACCCGUGUCCAAAGAUCGGCAAGACACUGGUUAUUGGUCCCAGCUCCAAAUGGUCCCUCCAGAUACUAAUGCUGGCUUAGAAAAAGAGCCAAAAGGUGCCAAGUCAACAACAGAGACCAACAGAGUCUCUGAAACGCAGGUGUCGUCAGGGCUUUAUCCUGCCAGUCUGUAUUCCACCCCAGCAGUUGCUCAGUCUCAGAUGUGGAAGCAAGACUCUUGUGAGCUCCAUCAGCAUGAGAACUGCGCACGUAGUGCCUGGAAACAGCACUUGGAAAAUGUUCGGCUGGAACAGGUGCAGUUGCAAAAUAAAGCUGCUUGCUACCAUCCCUUACUGAACAACACUCCACUGCAUACUCUUGAUCCAGCCCAGUGGGUCAGUAUUGUGAGUGCAAAUGAGAACUUGCUCAGGGAGAGAGAGGUUCUCAUUGACAGGCAGAGGCGGCACAUUUCCCAGUUGGAACAGAAAGUUCGGGAAAGCGAGCUGCAAGUCCAUAGUGCCUUCUUUGGCCACCCUGCUUCUUAUGGAGACAUGUACCUGCUCAGAAUGCAGGAAUUGCAGCGGGAGAACACAUUCUUACGGGCUCAGUUCACUGAAAAAACGGAGGCGUUGAGUAAGGAAAAGAUUGAAAUGGAGAAGAAACUUGCUGUUGCAGAGGCAGGCAUGAAACGGAUGCAGGAGGCCCACAAAGAGAGCACGCAGAAGCAUACAGCGGAGUUGAAGAAGCAAGAAGAGAGGGUGAAGGCAAGAGACAAACACAUUGAACAUCUCAAAAAGAAAUGCCAAAAAGAAUCGGAGCAAAAUCGUGAGAAACAGCAGAGAAUUGAGACUCUGGAGCGCUACGUGGCUGACCUCCCCAUGUUAGAGGAUCAUCAGAAACAACAGCAGCAGUUAAAGGAAUCUCAGCAGGCAACGGCAGCUCUGCAAGAAACUGUCACGGCUCUUGAGAAGGAACUCGAGGACGUCCGUGCCAAUUGCAGAGAGAAGGAAUCACAGCUGGAACUGCAGAAACACAAGGAAAUGGAACUACUUUCCACUGUGCGCAGGUACUUGCAAGAUAAGAUACAGCGUGGGAAGGCUCCGGCAGCAGAAGACUUUGCCCAGGAGGCAGAGAGGAAGAAACGGGAAAAGGAGUCUUUGCAGAAAGAGCGAGACCUCCUCAGAAAGAUUGUGGAUAACCAGAAGAAGAAGAUUGAUCAGUUAUCGUUGCAAGUCAAGGAUCUGGAGGAACAGAUGGCUCAGGAGGAAGGCACCGGCCAAGCGCUCAAGGCUGAAGCGCAGAGGCAGGAGAAUGCGCUGCAGCAGUUGCGUGUGGCCGUAAAAGAGCUCUCUUUACAGAAUCAGGAACUGAUGGAGAAGAAUCUGACUCUGGAGGAAGAUCUCCGGCAGACGGAGCCCGGCCUGCCCCUGUCGGAUGAGGCAGCCCCUCUUUCCCAAGAGCUGCACAGAGAGCUGGUCAGCUGCCUGCAGGACUUGCAGUCUGUCUACAGCAUCAUCACUCAAAGAGCUCAAGGGAAGGAUCCCAACUUGUCACUACUGCUGGGGAUUCGCACUGUGCACUGCUCAGUAAACGAAAAGGAAGACUUUUUGAAGCCAGACGUGCUGGCAAAGAAGCUGGAGGAUGUCAAACAGUUGCACAAAGAUAUUGAGGAUUUGCGAACGGCUAUUUCUGACCGAUAUGCCCAGGAUAUGGGUGAUACCUGCAUCACACAAUGAAGGCAAAAAGCCAAAACGUGCAACCUAGGACUUCCAGAUCAGUGCAAGCGGUUCUACGGGGUGAGAUCUUCCGAAGGCCCUUCAUGUUUUCUCUUGUGGUGCUGCGUUCCUUAUUUUGGGGUCCCUCACACAGAAUCGAGGCAGGGUUUGCAAAGAGGAUGUAUUUUCGUGUCAACGCACCCACCUGGGUUGAAAAUGUUCCUAUGCAGAAGCACUUUUUGAACGAUAUUUUUGUAUAUCUUUAGUCAAGUAGCAAUUAGUCGCUUGAAUAGAUUUUCACCUCGAAAUGCCUUAACCGUGUCUCGAAAUAAACUUUGAGAAAGACCUGCUGCAUUUUUUUAACUGUGUGUCGAUAUUACAGCACUAAAUUGGUACCUCGUAAUUGACACCCCUCUCCGGUCUCUUAUGCCACAAAUCAAGGUGAAAUUCUUCACUUAUUUCCGUAAGAUAGUACCAUUCAUGGCUUAGUUAUGAUGAUGAAACAAUUCAUGGCUUAGUUAUUAUGACGAAACAAAAAACAUGUCUGGAAUCAAUGUGUUGUCGAAGGCUUUCAUGGCCGGGAUCACAGGGUUGUUGUGUGUUUUCCGGGCUAAUAUGGCCAUGUUCCGGAAGCAUUCUCUCCUGACGUUUUGCCCACAUCUAUGGCAGGCAUCCUCAGAGGUUGUGAGGUACCUGCCAUAGAUGUGGGCAAAAGGUCAGGAGAGAAUGAUUCUGGAACAUGGCCAUACAGCCCGGAAAACACCCAACAACCCCAUGGCUGGAAUCCUGUUGGUAUAACACACAAAUCGAUGCAUGUGUUUUCUUUUGGAUUUGAUGAAAGGAGGUUUUUUCCAUUGCAUCCAAAGCUGCCUAACUCGAGAGUUGGUGUUGAUAUUGACCUAGUUGUGUGUGAGUGUACGAUUCAGGCGAUGAAGAAGCAGCUGGUCUGUGGCUGCAAAGGGAAGAAAAAAGCCAUGGAGAAGGCUUUUAUUUUUGUCUUCCCUUUGCAUCCAAGAGAAAGCUGUUUGCUUAUUGCCUGACCUGACUGUCCAGGGUCAGGUCAGUCCAGGCCCUUGAAGUGCCUUCCUUCCUUCCAUUCCUUCCUGCAUGGGAAGGACUUUGCUUAGCCUCUAUAUCAAGCAUGGGCAAACUUUGGCCCUCCAGGUGUUUUGGACUUCAACUCCCACAAUUCCUAACAGCAAGAGAGUUGAAGUCCAAAACACCUGGAGGGCCAAAGUUUGCCCAUUCCUGCUCUAUAUUAAUUGAUAAAGACGUGAGGACACAAAGGCAACCUCUUUUGAUUUCCACAAUGGAUAAUUCUAAACCAUCGUUGUGGCAUAAGUGCCAAUAUACUUUACUAAGCGGUUAUUGACAUGUGGUUGUGGAUGCUAUUAACAUGCUAUCAUAAAGACUUGGAAAAUGUAUGUGUCACACAACUGUGCCACCAGUGUGGAGAUUGGGGCAAGGAAAAAUGCAUCGGCUAUUCCUUCUCGGCUGCUAGACUUGUGACAGAAUGAACCGUGAAAGUAUUCAUUUAAAUGGAAAUAUUAAAAACAACAUGAUUGGUAAUAGGGAAAAUAGGCAGCAGACUGAAUUUCAGUCAUUACUCCAAUGAGUAAUGGAGAUAGUCAAGGAUGCUGAUUUUUUAAGAAACGUGGCUUUUGUGUGAUAUUUCUGCUCUUUUCCAGUUUCUUCCUUUCUAAAAGUUCCACCUACUUCUUUAGGAAAGUCUGAGUCUUCUCUGUCUGUUCUGGAAGGAAUUAGUAGUGCAGUUAUUUCUGGCAUCUCGUCAAACUUGUUUGCCAACGGAAGAAAUGCAUGUGUCUGCACUGAAAACCUCAGGGCUAAAGUUUUUAAUGUCCAAAUCAUAUUUUGUCAUUGUUAAAACCAAAAGAAUGCUUGUUUGUACUUUGCAUGUUGGUUACAAAAUAAAAGUUCUUUGGGAGGGAAGGGUGCCGUCAGCUGUGGAGCAACCUUAA